AUGACAACAAUCAGACGAUUCAAAUGUGAGGACGUCUUUAAGUACGCAAACGUGAAUUUGGAUUAUUACACAGAGACGUUCCACUUCCCAUUUUAUUUUGAGUACUUGGCCAAGUGGCCGAAUUUGUGUUAUACUGCCAAGAACUGUAAUGGUCGAUGUGAGGGGUAUCUGAUUGGGAAAGUUGAAGGGAAGGAUGAGAAGCACCACGGACACUUGACUGCCAUAACAGUGUCCAGAGAGUUUCGAAGAAUCAGACUGAGUGAGAGGCUAAUGUAUUGGCUCAGGCAGAUCUCUGAAGAGUCAAAUGGAUAUUACGUGGACUUAUUUGUAAGAAAGUCGAAUGAUGCUGCGACGCGAAUGUAUCACAAAUUGGACUAUGUGGUGUAUCGAGAGAUAUUGGAGUAUUAUAGCAGUAACAAAGAGAAUGCAUAUGAUAUGCAUUUAGCAUUACCAAGAGAUGUCAAUAAAAAGUCGAUCAUCCCACUUCCAAAGCCGAUCAGCGUCGACGAGGCAGACGAUUUGAAUUGA